AUGGCGGCCGUUUUGGAGUCGCUGCUGCGGGAGGAGGUGUCGGUCGCAGCCGCCGUGCGGUGGAUCGCGCGCAGCGCCGAGAGUUCGGAGGAUGACCCUGGGGAGGCGGCCGCGCUGAGUUCACUCCGGCCACUGCGGAAGGAAUUCGUGCCAUUCCUGCUGAACUUCCUGAGGGAGCAGAGCAGCCGUGUCCUCCCGCAAGGGCCCCCAACCCCCGCCAAGGCCCCGGGCUCCUCGGCAGCCCUGCCAGGGAGGCCCGGGGGCCCGCCGCGGGGCGGCCGUGGGGCGCGCAGCCAGCUCUUCCCUCCGACCGAGCCUUUGAGCGCCACCGCCGAGGCUCCUUCGUCGCGCCGCGGGGGCAGGAGGCGGGGCUCCGGGCAGGCCCGCGAGCGAGGGGGCCGCGUCCCUGGGAGCCUGGAGGAGGGGGUCAGCGGGGAGAGCCUGCCCUGGGCGGGGGGCCGGAGGCCUAGGGCCCCUUGCAGCCCAAGCAGCCCCAGCCUCGCGCGCUCUGAUCCGCCAAACCUCAGCAACCUGGAAGAGUUUCCUCCAGUAGGCUCGGUUCCUCCCGGCAAUGCAGGCAGGACGAAGCCUUCACGCAGAAUCAACCCAACUCCCGUGAGCGAAGAGCGGUCGCUCUCCAAGCCCAAGACCUGUUUCACUUCACCUCCAAUCAACUGUGUCCCCAGUUCCCAGUCCUCAGUUCUGGACUCUAGCCCUUGGGGCUAUGGCCUUACCCCAGGGUGCAGAAGUCUGCAAGAAGAGCGAGAGAUGCUUAGGAAGGAGCGUUCUAAGCAGCUGCAGCAGUCACUUGCUCCCACCUGUCCCACCCCAGAAUUGGGGUCUUCCCUCCCCACCCGGACAGGAAACCUCACAGCUGAACCUGCUGACCCUGCCAAAGUGUCUUCCCACCAGCGCCUGGAGCUGGUAGCCCUUGUCUACUCUUCAUGCAUUGCAGAAAACCUGGUGCCAAAUCUCUUCUUGGAGCUUUUCUUCGUCCUUCAGCUCCUUACUGCCCGGAGGAUGAUGGCUGCCAAGGACAGUGACCUUGAACCUAGUGCAGGAGCCCUAGAUUCCCUGGAAAGCCCACUAUUCCAGAGUGUCCACGAUUGUGUCUUCUUUGCAGUGCAGGUUUUGGAACAUCAGUUUCAAGUUCUUUCCUACCUGGACAAAGGGACCUUGAAGCUGUUGGCUGAGAAUGAGCGGCUGCUAUGCUUCUCACCAGCUCUGCAAGGCCGCCUUCGAGCUGCCUAUGAGGGCAGUGUUGCCAAGGUCUCUCUGGCGAUGCCACCCUCUGUUCAAGCUGUCUCCUUUCAGCCAGAAACUGACAAUCGUGCCAACUUCUCCAGUGACCGAGCCUUUCAUACUUUUAAAAAACAGAGGGAUGUAUUUUAUGAGGUACUCCGAGAGUGGGAAGAUCGCCAUGAGGAGCCUGGCUGGGAUUUUGAGAAGGGCUUGGGCAGCAGGAUCAGAGCCAUGAUGGGUCAGCUCUCUGCAGCCUGCAGCCACAGUCAUUUUGUUCGGCUUUUCCAAAAACAACUUCUCCAGAUGUGUCAGAGUCAUGGUGGUGCUGGGGGCACUAUCUUGGGUGAGGCUCCGGAUGUAUUAAGUAUGCUUGGAGCUGACAAGUUGGGACGGUUGCGGCGUCUACAGGAACGGCUUGCAGCCCCUCAGAGCAGUGGUGGACCCUGCCCACCCCCUUCCUUCCCAGGCUGUCAGGGAUUCUUCAGGGACUUCAUCCUGAGUGCCAGCAGCUUCCAGUUUAAUCAGCAUCUUAUGGAUAGUCUGAGUUUGAAAAUCCGAGAACUCAACAGCCUUGUCCUGCCUCAGCCUGAGCCUAGUGAUGAAGAUGGAGAAUCAGAUGUGGACUGGCAGGGUGAACGGAGGCAGUUUGCUGUGGUGCUGCUCAGCCUGAGGCUUCUGGCUAAAUUCCUGGGUUUUGUGGCUUUCCUGCCAUACCGGGGACCUGAACCACCACCGACUCGUGAGCUCCAGGACUCCAUUCUGGCCCUGAGAAGCCAGGUGCCCCCAGUCCUGGACGUACGAGCUCUGCUGCAGCAGGGGCUGCAGGCCCACCGAGCAGUGCUCACGGUGCCCUGGCUGGUGGAGUUCCUUUCCCUGGCUGACCACAUUGUUCCCAUGCUGGACUAUUACCGCAGCAUCUUUACUCUCCUGCUACGUCUACAUCGGAACUUGAUUUUGUCAAAAGAAGGUGAAGGGGAGAUGUGCUUCCUGAACAAGCUGUUGCUGCUUGCUGUCCUGGGCUGGCUUUUCCAGAUUCCCACAGUCUCCGAGGACCUGUUCUUUCUGGAAGAGGGUCAGUUGGAUGUCUUUGAGAUGGAUACAAAAGCUUCAGAGCAUGGUUUGGACGGCCUGCCUGUGGUGGAUCAGCACCUGCUCUAUACCUGCUGCCCCUACAUCGGAGAGCUUCGCAAACUGCUCGCUUCAUGGGUAUCAGGCAGCAGUGGGCGGAGUGGGGGCUUUGUAAGGAAAAUAACCCCAACCACCACCACCACUGGCCUGGGAACCCAGCUUCUCCGGACCACCCAGGGACUGCAGGCACAGCUGGCCCAAGCCUUUUUCCACAACCAGCCACCCUCCCUGCGCAGGACUGUGGAGUUUGUGGCAGAGAGAAUUGGCUCUAACUGUGUCAAACAUAUCAAGGCCACACUGGUGGCGGAUCUGGUGCGCCAGGCAGAGUCGCUUCUUCAAGAGCAGCUGAUGACGCAGGGACAGGAAGGGGGAGAUCCAGCCCAGCUGUUGGAGAUCUUGUGUUCCCAGCUGUGCCCCCACGGGGCCCAGGCAUUGACCCAGGGGCGGGAGUUCUGCCAAAAGAAGAGCCCUGGUGCCGUCCGGGCACUGCUCCCUGAGGAGACUCCAGCAGCCGUUCUAAGCAGUGCAGAGAACAUUGCUGUGGGGCUUGCGACAGAGAAAGCCUGUACAUGGUUGUCAGCCAACAUCACAGCGCUGAUCAGGAGAGAGGUGAAAGCGGCAGUGAGUCGCAUGCUUCGAGCCCAGGGUCCAGAACUGGCUGCCCGGGGGGAUCGGAGGGGCUGCUCCCGUGCCUGUGAGCACCAUGCUCCCCUCCCCUCCCACCUCAUCUCCGAGAUCAAAGAUGUGCUCUCUGUGGCUGCAGGGCCCCGGGACCCUGAGGAGGGAGUGUCGCCUGAGCAUCUUGAGCAACUCCUAGGCCAACUGGGCCAGACACUGCGGUGCCGCCAGUUCCUGUGCCCACCUGCUGAGCAGCAUCUGGCAAAGUGCUCUGUGGAGUUAGCAUCCCUCCUUGGGGCUGGCCAGGUGACCCUGCCUCCAUUUCUUAAAGCUGGGCUAUCCUCUCUUCCCAUAGUUGCAGACCAAAUACCUGUCCUAGGGCCCCUGGCACAUCAGCUGGAGAGAGGGCAGGCUCGCAGGCUCCUGCACAUGCUGCUGUCCCUGUGGAAGGAAGACUUUCAGGUGCCCAUUCCGCUGCAGCUGCUGCUGAGCCCAAGAAAUGUGGGGCUUCUGGCAGACACUCGGCCGAGGGAGUGGGACCUGCUGCUGUUCUUGCUCCGGGAGCUGGUAGAGAAAGGGCUGAUGGGACGGAAAGAGAUAGAGGCCUGCCUGGAUAGCCUCCGUGAGGCCCAGUGGCCAGAGGACUUCUCUGAAGAAUUAGCAACACUGUUCAACCUGUUUCUAGCUGAGCCCCAGAUGCCAGAACCCCAGCUAAGAGCUUGUGAACUGGUGCAGCCGAACCGAGGGACUGUGCUGGCCCAGAGCUAGGGCUGAGAAGUGGCCCUGCUGACUGUGCCUCGGGAGGAGGCCCCAGAGCCACCCCAAGUGCUGAUCCUUGCUGGUACAGGAGUAGCUGAAUCUGAAAUCAGGCUUCCUGCUUACAUGUGAAGUAAGUAUGUGGCUGCCUGGCCUCACUGACUGCAGGCUCGCCACUCUGAGUCCUAGAAGAAGGAGGGUUUGCCUGAUUCAGGAUUAUGGUGGACAGCCUAGGAACCCAAGUCCUGCAGCAGAAGAGCUGGUUGGCAUUUAUUACUUGGAUACUAAAUGAAGUGACGUGUGUGGGCUUGAGCCCCCUUGCUGCUAUCCCAGCGUCUCAAGACUCAUUUUGGGAAAUCAUGACAGAGGCCAAUGACUUUCUGCUUAACUUGUGAGUAAAGUUAAAACACGAAUCUUGGGAGUACAUUUUCUUACCACCAGGAGCUGGACUGCCAUCUCCUUAAAAAUGCACAACAGAUGAGGUGGGACGCUCCCAAUUGAAACCCAGCUCUACCCCUGCACCUCCCUGCCUUCAGCCCUGUGCAGGUAACUUCAUACUAGCUCCAGCCAGGGGCCAGAACACUAGAGCUUUUUAAAAUAAAUUCUUCUUUA